AUGGGCGGCCUCUUUCUCUCGGACGACUCGGAUGACGAGCCCUCUCGCUCUCGACCGUCGCCGUCGCCCACCACUACCGAUCGCGCGAUCGACCUGGACGAGCAGGAGGAACUGGACGACGACCAAGCCGCACGACCUUCCAAGCGCACCCGUCUGAGCGUCGGACCAGAGCAAGCCAAUGGAUCAUCCGUCUUGCCCAAGCUCACCACACCUCGAGCUGCGACGUCCGAAGCGUCGAGGGAGAGGAGCAUCCUUGUCGUCGACGAUUCGUCGCCCGAGAAGCCACGCACAACCUUGUUCAGGCCUGAGCUCAACGAUGACGACGACAGCGACCUCGAUGAUGGCUUGCACCAGGAAGGAUCCACAUCGAAGCCUCAACAAAGGAAAGCGCAGCCCAUACGCGAGUGGAAGUCCAACUACUUUGGAGGUCAGUGCUCGCCUGCUCGUCAGCUCCUCUCAGCCUUGGCUCGACUCAGCUCAACUCUGACACUGACUCCGUCCCCCUCUUUCCACCUUGCAGAACUCAUGGUUUCGGGUUAUGCCCUCUUUUCGUCAUCGAGCUUCAACAAGCUCGCUCAGGGCGACACCGUCUCGAUCCAGCGCGACAAGCCCAAACCCAUCCCUGAGCGCAAGAAGGGCAAGGUCAAGGAAGACACCGUUGUUAGGUGGGUACAUCUUGCCCGUCCUCUCCCCCUCGAACAACUUUUCCUCAUCCCAUUUCGCCUACACAGAUUCAGUAACUCGAGAGGAGUAGAGAUUGGUCGCAUUUCCGAGAACGAUGCCACGUGGAUGAGCAAGUGAGCCCAAGCUGCUCGAUCACUCACUGUUGAUGCCGGCAAGGUUGCUGAUGAUGCAUCCUUCUCAGGUUGUUGGAUCUGGAUAUUAUUGCAUUUGAGGGCGUUGCCACGAUGGUCGACCGCAAAUUCAAGUCAGGUCAGCUCGGGGGUGAAAAUCAUAUCAAGCGACCCGCUUUCUGCCCCUUACUUACUCUCAGCCCCUGCAUAACGUCCCGCAGGCGACACGAUCUACCUCACACUCACCCCAUACAUCCUUCGCUCGGCAUUCACUGCACCUAGCCAAACCAUCAAUCCGGUUACGAGCGACUCAAAGGGUGGUCAGACCUUUCACCAGGAUCUGAAAGAAACGACGACCGAACGAAGCCUACGCCAGAGAAAGUUGGCCCUUAACAAGCUAUUCGACAAGAUCGAUCUGCAGCCAUUCGUGAGGGCGCAGACGGGAAGUCGGAAGGGCAAAGGCAAAGCUGGCGGUGUCAGUAGCUCGCCAAGUAAGAGAGCCAUGCUUGAGAAGUAUGAUGCUAAAUGUACGGGCAAGGACACCGGUGAUGAAGACGGGGAGGAGAUGUCGACGGUUCGUUCUGAGUGCCACAUUUUCACUAAGAGUUGGACGGGCCGGCUGAUCUCGGCCCUUUGCGAUCUGCAGAGUGCUAUUGCUGCUGUUUACAAGAAGGCGACCAAGAACGAUGCCAACCUGCCCGAGAUGGACCCUGCACCUACUUUCAAGCUCGAGUUGCGCGGUUAUCAGAAGCAAGCGCUCAAGUGGAUGUCGAGCAUGGAGCGAGGUGAAGAGGACGCCAGGGAGGAAUUGUCAAUGCAUCCACUGUGGGAAAAGUAAGCUCCAUUAGUGUUAGUGUCCGUUGCAGAGAGCUGUGCUCACUGACGCGCUCCGCGUCGUGUGGCAGGUACCAUUUCCCCGAGCCGGGGCAAUAUUCGACUAGCGAGCCCGAGUCGUUCUACUACAAUCCCUUUUCCGGAGAGCUCUCGCUCGAAUUCCCAAAGGCUACCAAUGGCUGUCGCGGUGGUAUUCUGGCAGAUGAGAUGGGAUUGGGUGAGCUUGUCUUCUCCUGCCGUCGCCCCUGAAUCUCUGCUGAGUUACCAGACAUAUGUAUCCAGGCAAAACGAUUAUGAUUGCAUCACUUAUUCAUACGAGCAAGCCAUUCGAGAAUGAUCCCGAAGCCGCUGAUGAUGAGGACUUGACGUCUGAACACUCGGAAGAAGACGUGGUUCCCCUUCGACGACUUGGCGCGACUCAAAGUCGCCUCGGUGCCGGUGGACAUUUGACGACGGCCCAUGCCCAAGCUCGCCAGAAGGGCAAGCGUCGACCGAGGGCUACGUUGGUGGUGGCGCCCAUGACUUUGCUGAAUCAAUGGGUCCGCGAGCUGGAGAAGUGCUCUCGCGAUGGCAUGCAAGUACUGCAGUAUUAUGGGAACAGUCGAUCAAUGUUGCAGGAGCAGAUCGAUGCCGGUGUUGAAGUCGUCGUGACAAGGUGAGCGUAGCUAGGCAUUGAUGUUCAAAUAAGUAGUCGUACUGAUGGUAGCUAUCCGGUAUAGUUAUGGAACUCUCGUUUCUGACUUUAAGAUGAGUGGGCUCGAUGAAGGCAAAAAGGCGAAUAAGUCUGGCGCAUCGACCUCUAAGGGGGAGGACAAGAAAGCGAAGCCAUCAGAACGGAGGGGUCUUUUCGCUGUCGAUUGGUUCCGCAUUGGUGAGUUUUACUUAUCACAAUAGCCGUGGUCUGUUUUUUGCGUGCCAUCUGACCCUCGUCGCAUCGCGUUGCUGCAGUUCUGGACGAGGCGCACCUGAUCAAGAGACGCGACACCCAGAACGCGAAGGCCGUUCAUGCGCUAAAGGCCGAGAGACGCUGGUGCUUGACUGGAACGCCCGUCGUCAAGUGAGUGUAUAGCCAAGCUCAUCUUCGCUCGAAACAUUUAGCUGAGGUAUUGCAUGUGACCCUCUCGUAGCCGCCUCGAGGAUCUGUACUCGCUCCUGCACUUCCUUCGAUUGGAGCCCUGGGGUAAUUUCUCCUUUUUCAGGGUAAGUCAAUGCUCGACUAGUGACCGCGACUCUCGUUGCUCGACGUCUGAAGCUGAUCAUCUCUUGGCCGCGUAGACUUUCAUCACCGUGCCCUUCGAGCAAAAAGACUCGAGAGCACUCGAAGUGAUUCAGGUCGUGCUCGAGUCAAUUUUGCUCCGACGCGAAAAGAAGAUGAAGGACCGCAAUGGGAACCCGAUCGUCAGCCUGCCCCAGAAACACAUCGACGUCCAAUACCUCGAUUUCAGCCCCGACGAGCGCGAGAUCUACGAUCGCUUGUACAAGAGUGCGAAACGCAAGUUCUUGAUUUAUGAGGGACAAGGAGCGGUCUUGCAGUGGGUUCCUCGUCCCGCUUCUACGCGCCAAGGGCAUCAUGCUGACUCCAGGCUCUCGGACCCGCACCGGUCAUCAGAAAUGUGACCGCGAUCUUCUCAAUCCUCAUGCGACUACGACAAGCGGUCCUGCACCCAUCGCUCGUGCUCAAACGACUCGAAGCGAAUCUGCGCGAAAAGGGGGACGUGGACGAGCGCGCGAUCCAACAACGCAUCAUCAAGUACCUCGGCUCGUCGAGUCUCGCCGAUACCAUGCUCGACGAGGCGAUGAACGGUGUACUCGAGGCGGACGCAGAGGAGGAGGAGGGGGACACCGCUUGUAUGGUCUGCGGAGACUUGAUCGAGCAACCGGUGUGGUUGCCGGAUUGCGGUCAUUCGGGAUGUCGCGCUUGCUUGAUGCAACAUUUCUACAACUGCGAAGAGAAAGGUGAAGAGGUGAGUAUGGAUCGCGUAGGACUGCGUAGGGAGGCAAACUUGACUGACGGAGCCCGUUCCGGACCUUGGUGACUCAUAGCCACGCUGCCCAGAGUGCCUUUCAGGCCCUUUCUCGGAACUGCAGAUCGCAGCGAUCGAGAGGGGCAAGAAGCCGCCACCGUCAGAGUCGAUCGAUCCUGCGCAGAAGGUGGACAAGGCGUCAACGAAGUACAAGUUGUCCAGUCCGGCUCCCGACUCGUCUCAGACCGUCAUCACCAUUCUCGACAGCUCCGACGAGGAAGCUGGCGGAGCGACCACUCCAUCCUCCGCGGUUUCUUCUGUCAAGGGGAAGAGUGAGCGGAAAGGGAAAGGGAGGGAGCGGGUCAAGCCCAAGCGAAUCGCUGUACGCGGUUACGAGGAUCCGAGCGACUCGGAGGACGAACUGAAUGGUGGGACGACGUCAACGAGCGAAGCGAUGCUGACAAGUGACAAAGAGGAUGAGCAUGCGUUGGGCGGCCAGAGUAUGCCGGCGGACGGGCUUAAGCCGAAGUCAGAUUUAGGCCUCGGAGCUGACGACGACUUCAAGAGCUCGACGAAACUCGAGGCGCUUGUAGUGUCGCUCAACGCUGCAAGGGAGAAGGAUCCUCAGCUCAAGGCCGUGGUAUUCAGUCAAGUGAGUCGGACGGAGACUUAGCAGCUUACGCGAAGAUGCGGGUGCUGAUGGUGCUUCUGGGCAACAGUUCACCGGCUUCCUUGACCUUAUCGAGCGUGUCAUGGCACGUGGUGGCUUUACGUUAGUCAAGAAUUACCAACGGGGGCUGUCAGGCUGUCACAAGAUGUGUCCAAGCUCUGACUCACACCCGCUUUGAACUCUACUUGUGCUUCGCAGCUAUCUCCGACUUGAUGGGGCAAUGUCACAGCAAGCUCGUGAGAAGGCAGUCCACAAAUUUACAACCACGACCAAGUCGUGCAUCCUGCUCGCUUCCCUCAAGGCCGGUGGAGUUGGCUUGAACCUGAUUGCGGCGACCCAUGUGUAUCUGAUGGACUGUUGGUGGAACGCUGCGAUUGAGGUAAGACUGGAUGGAUCCGUGCGACCUUUCAUCGGACGCAGCAGCUGACCCCUCCCACACCUGAAUAGUCGCAAGCCGUGGAUCGAAUUCAUCGCUUUGGUCAAACUCGAGAGUAAGUCGCUAUUCUGAAGCACGAUCUCGGUAAGGGUUGAGCUAAUUGUCCAUGCGCUUCAUUUCAGGGUAUACGUCACCCGCUUCCUGAUCAACAAAUCAAUCGACGACAAGAUGAUUGCUCUGCAAGAGCGCAAGACCCGAAUGGUUGAUAAUGCACUUGGAGGAAAGGCGAACAAGACGAGCAAAGCAUUGGCCGAGGACUUUGCUGCUAUUUUUGCAGACGACUGA